CUGUUGUAAAGCACUGAGGUCUUGUUCCAGCUUUCAAGUCGCUGGUCUUCCAUGAGUCUUCUUUGAGCAGCUUGUCCGAGCAUCACUGAGAGGUGCCAGGAGACAGCAGAGGAAGGAAGGGACCGGCAUGUUCAUCCAUGGAGGGUCAGGGAUGGUCUCACACAAGUGAGGGUGGAGCUGUGAUUUGGGAAGGGGCCGCAGGGAUCCGAGCAUCCCCACGGGCAGCUCAGGUCUCCCAUCAGAAGACUCCAAGUUAGCUGAAUCAACGCUCCCUGCGUUCACCAGCACACGCCAGAGAACCUGUUGCCAAGGCUGGAAUGUCUCGCUUGAUCCCAUUAACCUUUGUGUCCCUGCCACCACAUACAUGUCACCAGCCGAACGCGUGCCCGAAGCUUUGGCCAGCUCUGGCAGCACGUGCGCUGCAUGUGAUGGGCCUGAUCCCGCAUGGAAAAUCCCUGGGGCACCUCAGAAAGGACUGAUGGGCCUUUGUGUCUUACGUGUUGAUGGCAUGGCCGAUGAGCCGGGAUGCUCUCCUGACCUCUGCAUCCCUCUGGGGACAAGGAGAGGCAGGAUGAAUGCGGAUGCUCAGUGCAUCCAGUCCGUUGAGUUAAACGAUGCCAAGUGUGAUCUUGGUUGGAGGAAUUUGGGAGGAGGAAUCAAAUCUCUCUGUGUGGGUUGAGCAUGGGUGAAGAAGUGAUUAGUUGGCACUUCCCAUAGUCACGCUGUCAGUGCCUGGCUGAGAUCAGCGUCCCGUCCCAUCCAGGGUCUCAUCCGUGGUGGUCCAGGGAAUCACCUCCCAAGAGCCUGAUGCUCCCAGCGCAGCCCCAUCCUCAGAUGUGUCCUUGCUUAUGCUGUUGGGAAGGGAGGAAGGUGCUUGAACCCACCCCAUGGCACUGCCAAAGCAGAGGGCUGUCCUGCUGCCCGCUUCCGUUGGGAGCAGGCGUGGGCCUUGUGCGAUAAUGCCUGAUGUUCAUUAUUUAUAGAGCAGCCAAAUUGAAUUAUUAAUAGGGAAAAUUCAGAUAACGUCCCCACUCCUCAGUUUGUAACAGUUUCCCAUUAAUAAGGAAAAUUGGAAAUUUAUCACUACAUCUGCUCAUUAAAACUCACUCCGGUUUUCUUUUUCUUUGGGUGUCUCAAAUGAAAGGCGAGGAAUAAACGACGAGGAGAAAGCCAUUUAUUCCCUGCUUCUCGGGGCAGAGGCAGCCCAUCAUUAAAGUCUUUGCUGUUGGAUGUGGAGGGGAAACCAGCCUAUAAUAAAGCAGCUUUUCAGCCAUGUCCGUUGUGGCGUUGCUCGACUCUAGAACAAACCCUGGGAAUCGCGUCCUGCUGCUUCUCUCUGUGGGACUCUGUCGGCUGUGGGAUAGAGCCCGGCUUUCCCUCCCUCCCCAGCAGCUCUCCUUGCGUUCAGCAUGUGUUGCUCCCGGCUCCGAGGAGUGAAUUUUAGUGCCUCUCCUGCUUCUUUCAGAGAUGGCGGAUUCCUAUACCUAUAAAGGUGGAAGGAAAACUGCAGGCUCGCACAAACCCGCUGCCAGCAAGGAAAGCAGGACAGAGACAAGGAUAAACCCACCGGCAGAGCUGCCCAAGCUCGGGAAUGCAACCAGUGACAAAUCCGAAGGCAGGAAGAAAGGACGACCCAAGGCUGAGAACCAGGCACUGAAAGACAUCCCUCUCCCCCUGAUGAACCAGUGGAAGGACGAAUUCAAAGCCCACUCCAGGGUGAAGUGUCCCAAUGCAGGCUGCUGGCUGGAGUUCCCCAGCAUCUAUGGCUUGAAGUACCACUAUCAGCGCUGCCAAGGGGGUGCAAUCUCCGAGAAGCUGACGUACUCGUGCUCGUACUGCGAAGCUGCCUUCACCUCCAAAACCCAGCUGGAAAAGCAUCGGCUCUGGAAUCACUUGGAUCGGCCCGUGCCAACCAGCAAAGCAGAAAACAAAGUGCCCAAGGCCAUUGGGAAGAGCAGUGGCAAGAAAAGAGCUGCUGAGAGUUCAGCUUGCCCCACCAUCCAUCCCAAACAGGCAAAGACGGACAAAGCCGUGGGCCAGGGCCACGCGGAGAAUGGCGAGUGCCUGGCGGAGAGCCGGGAGAGCAAGGAAUUCCACAUCGCCGGAGCCGAGGCCAUGGCAGCCGCCACCCCCACGGCCAAGUCCUCCAGUGGCAAGGACACCAUGCAGCAGGGGGGCAGCCAGGCCUCGCUGCAGGAGGAAGACCCCGAGAGGAUGAAGCACAGAAGGAAACAGAAAACUCCUAAGAAGUUUACGGGGGAGCAGCCGUCCAUCUCGGGGACUUUUGGGCUCAAAGGUCUUGUUAAAGCAGAGGAUAAGGCAAAAGCUCAUCGAGCCAAGAAGCUGGAGGGGAACACCAGCGUGGAGGAGCUCAAAAAGAAACCUCUAGGAGCUGCCGUGAAGAAGGAAACGGCUGUGCAUCUACCAGCAGCAAACCCUGAGGACCAGUGGCAGCGGGAGAUCAGCGAGAAGGGAGAAGUCGCCUGUCCCACCUGCAGUGUUAUAACCAGGAAAACUAUCGUGGGGCUCAAAAAGCACAUGGAUGUGUGCCAGAAACUGCAGGAUGCCUUGAAGUGUCAGCACUGCAAAAAGCAGUUCAAGUCCAAGGCCGGGCUGAAUUACCACACCAUGGCUGAGCACGUCAGCAAGCCUGUUCCUGUGGAAACCACUGGACUUGGUGAGCAGGAAGAGCGGGAAAGGCUGAGGAAAGUGCUAAAGCAGAUGGGAAAACUGAAAUGCCCCAAUGAGGGCUGCGUGGCCAACUUCUCCAGCCUGAUGGGCUACCAGUACCACCAGAAGCGGUGUGGGAAGCAGCUGGCCGAGGCCGACAAGCCCGUGUUCAGCUGCCCACACUGCGGCAAGAAGUACAAGUCCAAGGCUGGCCACGACUACCAUGUGCGGUCAGAGCACACGGCCUCGCCUCCGGAGGAGCCAGAGGUGAAGCCAGAGCCUGGUCCCAUAGAAGAUUUCGAAAGGACCCCGAGCGGCCGCAUCCGUCGGACGUCGGCACAAGUGGCUGUUUUCCACCUUCAGGAGAUAGCCGAGGAUGAGCUCGCCAAGGACUGGACCAAGCGGAGGAUGAAGGAUGACCUGGUGCCUGAAACAAAGCGGCUCAAUUACACCCGACCGGGGCUUCCAAAGCUCAAUCCCAGGCUGCUGGAGAACUGGAAGAAUGAAGUGAAGGAGAAGGGCCGCAUCAACUGUCCCAACAACUGCUGUGAAGCCAUUUACUCCAGUGUCUCGGGGCUGAAAGCUCACCUGGCCAACUGCAACAAGGGGGACCACUCGGUGGGCAAGUACCGCUGCCUCCUGUGCCAGAAGGAGUUCAGCUCCGAGAGUGGGGUCAAGUACCACAUCAUCAAGGCUCACUCCGAGAACUGGUUCCGAACCUCCUCAGAGGCCAGCCGGAAGAAGAAGAGCAGGGAACCCCUUUCCUGCAGCAAAGAGGAGAAGAAGAAAAGCACAAACGGGAAGAAAAGGGGGAGGAAACCCAAGGAGAGGCCUCCGGAAACGUCCCCGAAGGGCAGAGAGACCGUGGCAGCAAAGACUAAUCACAAGAAAACCCCCGAGCACUGGGAAGGCUCCAGAGGCAGCCCCGAGGGGGACGAGCGUGGCCCCAAGCCCCCGAGCCAGCGCAAGGCAGGAGCCAGUAAGAUGCCUGAGAAGUGAGCAGCUCAGAGACUCCUCUCCGAGGAUUCGUUUACAGCCCAGGGUAACAGGGUGGGGGGGUCCCGGUUUUCUGUCCCCCCCCUUCCAAUCCCACCUCCCCCCCCCCCCCACCCCCUUUUUACAAAAAAAAGAAAAGCAAAAAACAACAACAAAAAAAAAGGGGACAGAAAAUCCCAUGGAACCACUUGGAGCAAAUCCCAGCCCUUGUUUCACACUGGAAAAACAACCGGAUCGAGCAAGCUGGACCGUUCUCCACCCCCUGCCCAUGUACAUACCCCCCAUCCCUCCCUAUUCCCUGACUUCCCUCCCUAUUCCCUGACUUCCCUCCUUGCUCCCUGCACCAAACUGGUGACGCUUGAGUGAAAGAGAAGUGCAAUAGCAGCAGGAUGCCCUUGCCUGGGCUCUCUCUGGCUGUGUGUGCUGGGCUGGGGGCUGUCCAGGCAGGCUCCGAGCUGCAUCCCAGCCCCUAGGGUGAUGUUUCCAAAGAUGUUUGACCCAUGCAUGCAGGCGGACAGGGGCAAAGGGAUGGCAGGAGGAUGCUGGCGGGAUGUGGUGGUGCUUUCCUUGGGAUG